AAAGUCAAAGUAGAAGACAUACAAGAUAGUAAUGUAGUAUAGCUCUUUCUUUUCUCUCCAACAUAAACAAAGUAAAAUCUUGCUUAAAAGUCAAGAGGGCUCGUAGACGUCACAAAUUCCUCCUCAUCUACUCCGCUCUCUCCUCCUCAACCUUUCUCUUACUCACAUCUCUUAUCACUAAUUACUCUUCGGUUUCUUGUUCUGUGAGACAGAGAUAGAUAUUAUUGUUGUAAUGCACAGCUGAUUCAUUGAGUUCCUGUUAGAGAGAACAACAUGGAAGAAGUAAUAAAGAGUAGUACAUGGUUUGAUCAUGAGAGUGAAGAUGAGCUUGUUAGAGAGCUUCUUGAUGAUGAAUCUCCUUUCUUUUUCUUGCCAAAGGAGAAAAACCAAUCCAAACCAAGUCCUACGAAUGAACAAACUAUUAACCAGCUCACAUCCAAAGUCUAUUCAGGCCCAACAAUCCAAGAUAUUGAGAAUGCUUUAUCGACGUCAAGCAGAGAAGACCAAUCCCAAGCAGUUUCACAAGCCAGAAUUUCAUUGUUGCAAAAGGGUUUGAGUAAGAUGGAGAACAACAAGUACACUCUAAAACUGAAGAGAUGUGGCGAUGGGAUGGCUGAUGAUGGUUAUAAAUGGAGGAAAUAUGGGCAAAAAUCUAUCAAGAACAGCCCACAUCCUAGAAGCUAUUAUAGGUGCACGAACGCACGGUGCAGUGCAAAAAAGCAGGUGGAGAGGUGCAGCGAGGAUCCAGACACACUCGUCAUCACUUACGAAGGACUCCAUUUACACUUUACAUACCCUUACUUCUUAUCGAACCAGCCACAGCAUGAUGAUCCACCUUCCAAGAAGCCUAAAGGAACCAUUUCAGAAGCCGAGUUCCAAGCCCAUGCAACCCAACGAACACCAGAACAAGCCCAAGAGUACUCGGCACAUGUCACCAGUCCUGGUUCCCUGCCUAGCACCAGCACAGCUGAUGAUUACGUGCAUGAAUCGGGUUUGGAAGCAAUAGGUCCUCAAGGGUUGCUUGAAGAUGUGGUGCCUUAUAUGGUUCGGAAUCCAUCAAACUACAACGUGUCUUCAAAUUCCUCAUCUUCAUCUUACCGUUCUCCGCCUGCCUCACCACCUUCCUCCCUGUCUUGGUCUCCUUCCCAUUCAUUUUUCGAUAUUGCCUUGGAUACUAGCAUCGCAUGAAUCAGCAUUGAAAGUGCCCAAAAAGCCAGUGAACCUCUCUUGUUUUCUUGUUAUGGCCCACAUAUAAAGAUUUAAUAUUGAAAAAUUAUAUCAACUAAAAUAGAUUAUAUAUAUUCCCAA